CAAAAUACAAACAGCCAGGUAGUAGAGAGAAGGAGAAUAGAUCUCUCUCUCGAGGCGUUUAACUGCAGGGAUCUUUUUGCUUUUAUCAAUAUAUGCAAAAACCAAAGUCUAGUUCGUUGAACUUUGAAGCCAUUCUAUUUUUUUAUUUAUUAUCUUGAUAUGGCUCUAAGAUUGUCUCGUUGCUUUAAUUUCAUUUGAUCCCAUGCUCUCUAAACUAAAUUCCUUUGUCACCUUUAGAUCCAUUCUUCAAAACAAACAAAACUUCUUUAUCUCUCUUAUCUUCUUCUUAAGCGAUAGAAAAGUGCAAUACCUUUUAGUGAAUGAAAAUGGGUACUGGUUGGAGAAGAGCCUUUUGUACACGAGACCCUGAAUCUACCAUAUCAGAUAAUAAGAACAACAACAACGGAAGUCCAAAUCCUAGUCCAAGAAGCUGUGCUAGAUUGAGUUUUCUUUCUGGUGGUAGUAGUAAUCCUUCAACUCCACGUUUGCACCAAUCUAAAUCUCAACCAGUUUCUAGUCCAAGUCUUCGUUGUCGAACAAUAACUGAAGCAGCUUCUCAAAUAACAAAUGAUAGCCCCAGAUUUCAAAGUAGCACCCCAAGAUCAACAAAAUCCCCUAGAGUUAACUCAAUAUCAAAUCCUACUUCUCCUCGCUCUCCUUUGAAGUUGUCCCUCUUCAAAAACAGCUUCAAAUUCAGGAGUAGCUGUGGAAUCUGUUUGAAUAGCGUGAAAACGGGGCAGGGGAAGGCAAUAUACACAGCAGAAUGUGCACAUGCUUUUCAUUUCCCUUGCAUAGCAGCACAUGUACGCAACCAUGCUACCCUUGUUUGCCCUGUCUGCAACGCCACAUGGAAAGACGUUCCUCUUCUAGCGGCGCACAAGAAUCUUGCUUCUUCACAACAAAUUCCCAAUGCAAUUCCAAACCACAAAAUACCUACAGUAAAUCCCUCUCCUGUUAUCAGAACCAAGAACGUGGAUCACUCUCAACAACAGCAACAAACAAAGCCUUCUGAAUCAACAAGAUCCUACGACGAUGAUGAGCCUCUCCUCCUUUCUCCAACUUCUGGUGGUGGAAGGAUUAACACUAUUCCCGAAGCAGAUGAAAAUGCAGAGGAAGAAGAUGAUGACAACUGCGAGUUUCAAGGAUUUUUCGUAAACACUAAACCUACAUCCACCGCUAACAAAACCUACUCCGAUUACAUUCAAACCAACGACGGAGUCGGUGAUUCAAGAACUGUUCAGGUGAAGUUAAUGCCAGAAUGUGCAAUUGUAUCAGUUUCCAGAACACACGAAACAUACGCUUUGGUUUUGAAAGUAAAAGCACCACCACCACUCCGCGGCGGAACCAACACACUUGAUCCUUCACGGCGAGCUCCGAUAGAUCUUGUUACAGUUCUCGAUGUUGGUGGAAGCAUGUCCAGCGCAAAGCUUCACAUGCUAAAACGCGCGAUGCGUUUGGUUAUUUCAUCUCUUGGUCCUUCUGAUAGGCUUUCUAUUGUUGCUUUUUCGUCUAUUUCCAAACGACUCUUACCGUUGAGAAGAAUGACGGCUCAAGGUCAACGUUUGGCUCGGCGCAUCGUUGACCGGCUUGUUACCGGUGAAGGUAACAGCGUUAGUGAAGCUUUGAGAAAAGCAACUACAGUUUUGGAGGAUCGUAGAGAAAGAAACCCGGUUGCUAGCGUCAUGCUAUUAUCCGACGGUCAAGAUGAAAAGGUUAACAAUAGUAAGAAUCAAAAUCAACGGAAGAUGUAUAACCACGCUUCUUCAACCCGGUUCGCUCAUAUUGAAAUUCCGGUUCACGCGUUUGGGUUUGGUAGCAAAAGCGGUUAUAGUCAUGAACCGGGUGAGGAUGCAUUUGCAAAAUGUGUUGGCGGUCUUUUGAGUGUUGUGGUUCAGGAUUUAAGAGUUCAACUUGGCUUUCAAUCUGAUUCGGCCCGGGCCGAGAUUAAUGCUAUAUACUCUUGCAGUGGAAGGCCCACGCUGUUGAGCUUAGGAGCCGUACGGCUCGGCGAUUUAUACGCUGAAGAAGAAAGAGAGCUUUUGGUGGAGAUGAGAGUUCCAGCGUCAGCUUUGGGGUAUGGGACCCACCAUGUGAUGACGGUAAGGUGUCUUUAUAAAGACCCCGCAAGUCAAGAGAUAGUAUACGGCAGAGAACAGGGACUUACAGUGCAACUACCUCAGAAUCAAUCUCAGAAUAUACGAUCAUCAGGAACAAGAAUCGAACGGUUGAGGAAUCUUUUCAUAACAACACGAGCCAUAGCUGAGUCGAGGAGGCUUUUAGAUCAUAACAGUGACUUCACAAGUGCUCAUCAUUUACUUGCUUCAGCUCGUUCUCUUUUGAUACAAUCUGGCUCGGCUUCAGCGGAGCAAUAUGUUCGUGGCUUGGAAGCUGAGCUAGCGGAGCUUCAUUGGAGGAGACAACAAGAACAGGUUCAAGUUGAGGUUCAGCAGCAACAAAUGAUGAUUCAAAGAAGAAGAGGGUGCGAAAAUAUGGUGGAUGAAAACGGUGAGCCACUUACCCCUACAUCAGCUUGGAGAGCGGCUGAGAAGCUGGCUAAGAUGGCUAUGGUCAAGAAGUCUUUGAAUAAAGUCAGUGACUUACAUGGUUUCGAAAAUGCUAGGUUUUAAUUACAUGUUUUUUUUUUUUUUUUGGUUUAAUAAAUUUGUUUUCUUUUGUUAAUUUUUUGUUUUUGAAAAAUAUGUAAAAACUUAUAAUUAGAGGAAGAAAACAAUUGGGGAUGGGGAUGGAGACAAGGUGGUAGCAGACGGCGCGGCCCUUUGUGCAUUAGAAGAUGAUUUUGUGAUGGAGUGUAUGGCCCACCUUUAAAUGGGGGAAUUUGAUUGGUUGGCGUAACCGUCAUAUCUUUUUGUCUUCUCUUUUUCAUAUGAUGUGAUUAAUUUUUAAUCAUCAUCCCUUUUCAAGAUCAUAAUCCAUGAGAUACUGAUAUACACAAAA